UGGCAAGAAGCGUUAUAAGGAGGAGUGGUGACGGCUUUAUUGAUAAACCGGGGGGGAAUAAUCCAAUGUGGAAGAUCCAACUGGGACCGGUCAAUCUUAGAGGUAUUUAAGAUGGACGGCCUAGAUUCAAAGCUACAGAGAAUAAAUAAACGCGUCCAUGGUUUUUAUAACGCCACAUUUCCUCGCUGUCUCUAACCUCGCCCUUUCCUCUUCCCGCUCGAACAAUAAAAAGCAAACGGAAAGUCUCCCUCGCCGUCGCCGCAAGUUCAUCCUCUGAUUCCGAGGUUUCUGUAUCUAAACGGGGAACGAGCUUCCGUGAGAUUUCGAAACAGCGUCGUCUUUCGUGGAGAAAAUGGGAAAAUCCAGAUGUGAGAGAGAAGCAGAGGAUCGACUUCUUGACUGAUCGAUCGAUGCUGAGAUUGAGGUGAAGUGAUUGAAAGAUUUGGAGAACCGGAGUGCGAUGAGAUUCGACGGAGUUUUGAGGAUUUCGGCGGUGUUGGUGGUGGUGCUAGCAGCGGUGAUGGUUGAAGAAUCGAGUGCGGAGUAUACGAAGAUGAAAACGAAGACGAUGAAGCACAGAAACGCUUAUGCAACGAUGAUGUACAUGGGAACGCCGAGGGACUACGAGUUCUAUGUAGCGACGAGAGUGUUGAUUAGAUCGCUUGCGAAGCUUAACGUCGAAGCCGAUCUCGUCGUCAUUGCUUCUCGCGAUGUGCCCGACCGUUGGGUGCGUGCUCUGAAGGAAGAAGAUGGAGCAAAGGUGGUGAGUGUGGACAACGUAAACAACCCAUAUAGGAACCAAUCUAAUUUUGACCAGAGGUUCAAGUUAACAUUGAACAAACUAUAUGCAUGGAGUUUGGUGGACUAUGAUAGAGUGGUGAUGCUGGAUUCUGACAAUCUCUUCCUUCAGAAAACCGACGAGCUCUUCCAAUGUGGUCAGUUUUGUGCCGUCUUCAUCAACCCUUGCAUUUUCCACACCGGCCUUUUUGUUCUCCAGCCAUCAAAGAGGGUAUUUGAUGACAUGAUAAAUGAGGUGAGAGUGGGGAGAGAGAACCCAGAUGGUGCAGAUCAAGGCUUCAUUGGCAGCUACUUCCCUGAUUUGCUCAACCAGCCCAUGUUCUAUCCUCCCUCUAACGGCUCCAUUCUUGAUGGCAACUUUAGGCUCCCCUUGGGCUAUCAAAUGGAUGCUACUUAUUAUUAUUUAAGAUUGCGAUGGAGCAUCCCGUGUGGCCCAAACAGCGUAAUAACAUUUCCCGGGGCCCCAUGGUUGAAGCCAUGGUAUUGGUGGUCGUGGCCCGUCUUACCUCUUGGCCUCCAAUGGCAUGAACAACGUCGUCGCACUCUUGGGUACGGAGGGGAGUUGCCGGUGGUUUUCAUCCAGAUUCUGCUCUACCUAGGGAUUCUCGCCAUGAUCCGUCUCGCUCGCCCUAAUCUCACCAAGCUCUCCCACCGCCGAUCGGAAAAACCCGCCGCCUCCUUCCAAUACGCCCUCAAGCUCGCCGCCUUCUGGUCCAUCCUCGCCGCCUACGCCAUUCCAUUCCUCAUCAUUCCCACCACCAUCCACCCGCUCCUUGGAUGGGGCCUCUUCUUGCUAGGCUCCUACACCUUCUCCUUCCUCGCCGCUACCGUCUUCCUUCUCCCCAUCCUCUCCGUCCUCGUCCCGUCCCUCGGAAUCUUCGGCGUCCUUCUCGUCAUGGCCUUUCCCUGGUAUCCCGACGGCGUGGUCAGAGGACUCUGCAUUUUCGUAUACGCCUUCUGCGCGGCGCCGGUAGUCUGGACGGCGGCGGUGAGGAUGGCAGCGGCAAUCCGGUCUUCGAUUGACAGAGAUGCUUUCUUUGCGGUGAAAUCGGGUGAGUCUUUGUCGCCUUCUAGGUUUAAUAAAUGGUGUUGAUGAUUGGGAUUUGGAACGGACAGUUCUUUUUUCCUUCUGGGGAAUAGAAUUGAAAAUGGAAAAGGCUUGGUUUAGUGUAAGAAAAUAGUGUUUAUACUCAUUUUUAUACGUGGAAAGGGAUUAUAUAUAUAUAUAUAUACACACAGUUUUCACUUUCUUGUGA